AUGUCCAAGGACUCCACCAUUGAAGAGGCCAAGCAGUCGCUGGUCCAGCGCUUUCGCGCCUGGGGUGGUAAGUUGGAAAAAUAUCUGAAGCUUCCAAUCGGUAUACCCGAAGAUUUCCUCAAUAUACUGAUUUAUCUCUCUCCAGAAAACUCCUUCCCACCAACCGUCCUUGCUUCCCUCAUCUUUGCACAACAUGCGCGACCCUACCAAUUCUUCCCUAUGCUCUUCCCGCCCGUCCUCCUUUUCACUAGCUAUGCAAACCUUUCAGGGUUCAAGACAGAGAGUGCCGGAAUCAGCGCAGCAUGGUCUGGCCUGUACCUGCUACUCGCGAGCCGACGGAAACAGCCCAUCACAAAGAAGUUCGGAACUCGCGGUAUCGUGCGCGGAGCGACCAUGGGUCUUUGCUUGGUCAAUAUGAUCGCAGGAGGACUGGCGUACACCCUUGGAAAGAAGGAUCAGGAGGAAGAGUCCUCAAAGUGA